CAGCUCCUUACGUAGUCAUUACGUGACCUCUCUCAUACUACAGUGCAGACGCAUUAUGCAAAGAAGCCUCACUGACCCACUGACACACUUCUCAUGGGAGAGUAAAGAGAGGUCGCUCAGGAGCCGGGCUCAGUUCUCACAGCCGUCAGCUGAGGUGGGCUCCCCUUAUACAUUGUUGUGGGGGUCGUGGCCGCGCACAAAGGACCAGCUUUUGGAUUGAGGAGCAACACUCACUGUUCAACAGAAACGUUUGAUGCCUGCGGGGGAAAAAAGAUGAGCAUAAAGACAGAAGACUGCAGUUUUUAAUUGCUGAAUAGAAACACUAAUGAAAGACACAGAAAAACAAUCAUUCAAAUGAAGCCAAUAUGGGCAAUGCAAUUAUUUUCCACAAAGAUUUUUCACAUGAAAGAUUUUAGUAUAUGAACUUGUGCAUAUCCCAUUAUAUGCAAAUGUCUGAAUUAACACGUAGUCUUUAACAUGAACUAAUAGACCUAUACCAGAAUAUGAAAAUGUUGUGAUUUAAUGGUAUGUACAGAUAGCCUUUGCAACCUUCAAGAUUCAUCCCUUAGCCAGCGUUUUAUUUUGCCUUUGAAAAAAUUGACUAAUAAACAUGAGUAAAGGCUUUCAUUCUUAAAAAUGUGAAGGCAGAUAUUUUUUUUCACAAAGCAGAAAAAUAUAGAACUGCAACUUUUUCUACAAUACUUUGUACAUUUAAAGUGUUACAAUACAAAUGUACAAACAUAAAAGUACAGUUGAGGCUUGAAAAAGUAAAAGGAUGUAAGAUAAAAUAAGAAUAGUUGAAAUGUGUGACAUUAUAUCAUAGUCUACAUAAUUUAAGCUGGCCGUUUUUCUUUAUAAUGGAUGGCAUAUUUGUCUCUAUGCCUACAAGCAGUCAGUCUGAAGUACAGCCUCUGAAAACCCACCUUAUUAAAACAAAGGUGAGUCUAAACUCCAGAAGAAAGAGAGAAUUCAUGCCGGAUGAAAAGAAGGAUGCCAUGUAUUGGGAGAAAAGGAGAAAAAAUAAUGAGGCAGCAAAGCGAUCUAGGGAAAAACGGCGCCUAAAUGACUUUGUGGUAGAAAGGAAGCUUUUUGCACUUAAUGAAGAAAACACAUAUCUUAGAGCUGAGCUCUUAUCUCUAAAACUCAGGUAUGGAUUGAUUACUGCUUCAGCCUAUACUCAGCAAGCACAGGCCUUACAAAGCUCUUUCAGUACAUACUACAUUGAUGAAAAGUCUCACAGCAGUGAUUCUUUGCAUCAGGAGUGGGAAUCUUCGGUCAUGAAGGAUCAUCAUUGUCUCAACAGGAUGAAGAUUCCUUUCCUUGUCUCUUCAGAUGACUCUGCCAGUUCUGCCUUCAAAGAGGUCUCAAGUCCUCGAAAAUGCUUUUGCCCUGAUACUGGUCUUGACUCAAGAAACAAACAGCUUGAUAUUUGCUGUAAUGUGCCUCCUGUCCUGUCACAAAGACAGGAGCCCACAUAUCGAUCAGUGUAUUCCAGUUACCUUGACUAUGCGUACAUGGACAAAUAUUCCUUCUGCUAUCCAUCUUUGUAUGAUACCCGACUACCUAUCAGUUCUAACUUAGUAGAGAGGGAAACCAAGAGUGAGAAAUCAACGUCAGAUGAAGAAGAAGAACAAAAGGUACCCAAAAUCUCACCAGUUCUAUCAUACAAUGUUGCAAGACUUUCUCAAGAACACGCAAGAAGGCAUUCUGCUUUACCUCACAAACUGAGAAUUAAGGCAAAAGCAUUAAAAUCCAAAGAAGACCACGCGAAUGAUUCAGAUAUUGAAAUAAUAGACCAAACAACUGAUGAUAUAAUCCAUCAUCAAAGGACUUAGAAAAAUGUGAAAAAUUUAUUGUGCGUGAAAAAUGACUAUUUUCUUACUUUUUUAUUAGAUUGUAUAUAUUUAUAUCUCGAACAAUAGCUUUCCAUAACCAUUUUUUUCCUUAAAUCAGCUGAUGUGCCUCUUAGUUGUGAUGCUGGAUAGUUUACAGAAUUAUAUUUGCUGAAUUUUAUUUCUCUUUCCUAGAAAUGCUUUGCAUUCAUUUACUUGGUCAACAGGAAAACCAACAUGUUGAGCAGUUACAUUUUGAAAAAUAACUAUUCUGACUCAGACAUGCGAACUCAUUAAAAUGAUUUAUUGACUUUGAACUCAGGUUCAUUACAUUUGUAUAACUAAAGUAUUUUGUUUAAUUAGCAAGAACAUGCAACUGGUAUUUUGUCUAGUGUUAAUAAAAAAAGGUACAAACCAAUAUCCACUCAGUGGUGUCACAAUCAAGUGUUUGAUAAAUGUGAGUUUUUGUCAGCUGUAUAUUUUCAAAUGUAGUUACUGCCAUCAAAUUAUGCAUUUAUGCUGACAGGCAGAGACCACAGAAUUGAUUUAUUAAGUCAAGGGAAAGGCAUACAGAAGACAGAGGGACUGAUCGUGGAGAAGAGCAACUCUGGGUGACUCCCCCAGAGGAAGGAUUAGGGCAAAUUAACUGCUCCACUUGUUCAGAGGGGACUUGUAUUAAGUCUGGGAUUACAGGAUGCCAAAUUAAGGUUCACCAAUUAAAAACUAGUCAGUCACUUUAUUGUGACCAACUCACUUUUCAACAAAGUGUUUUUUUUUUUUUUGUAUGUUUCAUAGACUUGUAUGGAACCAUUUAAAUCAACCACUUAAUUAUGAUAGAAGAGAUG